UUUUUCUGAGUAAUUUUUUUGAGGGCUUUGUUUUUCUGACUAUUGUUUUCUGGUUUUCGGACUAAUUUUUUUUCCACCUGUUUUUAUGACUUUUUUUUCUGUUUUUCGGACUAAUUUUUUUUCCACCUGUUUUUCGGACUAUUGUUUUCUGUUUUUCGGACAAAUUUUUUUUCCACCUGUUUUUCUGACUAUUUUUUUCUGAGUUAUCGGGACACAUCGAACUCAUGCGAGAACCUGCGAACUGCAAGUGACUCUUUGCGGAAUCCGUAGUAAGCAACAUGACCGGUUUAUUCAUUUUGAUCAAGUUUUAUUUUGAUAUGGGUUACUCCCAUACUCCUGUCUUUGAGUCACAUAGAUGGUAUUGUUAUUAGUUUGGUGACAUUACGCAGGCACCUGCGGACUUUGCGUUUGUUCAGGAGGAAAUCCCAUUCAGAUCUGCUCGAUACAGCAAUGUUUGUCCAGAAUCAGUUGGACAGAUAUGGUAUGCUCCAUGGAUACAAGAUGAUGCAUAAAAAUGCAUUCAGGCUGGCUACGUGGUGACUCAAGAGACGAUCAGGAGACUGAUGAAAAUACUGGACCCGUUGCACGGUGUGCAACUGAGGCACCGAAAUCGGCUUCGCCGGCGUAUGUACCACAAUCCCGGCCCAAACUUUUUGUGCCAUGUAGACUCUUAUGACAAACUCAAACCAUAUAGGAUCUGUAUCAAUGGUGCAAUAGAUGGUUUUCACGAAUGGUGAUAUGGCUACAUGCUUAUUCGACAAACAGUGACCCGAAGAUAAUUGCUGGAUACUUUAUUAAUAAGGUGUCAUCAAAGAAUGGGACUUCUGCCCGAAUUCGUUCGGACCUUGGCACCGAGAACUGCUUUAUUGAGCAAAUGCAGAUGUUCUUGAGGCACGACCAUCUGGACAACUUUUCAUAUAGAUGUUAUCUGUAUGGAUCGAGCAAUCACAACCAAAGAAUAGAGAACUGGUGGGGCUUCUUAAGGAGGCAACAUGCACAGUUUUGGAUGAACCUGUUCCAAGAUUUAAAAGACUUUUCUGGUGACUUCCUGGACAAAAGUAUCAUUCACUUCACAUGUCUUGAAAUAAUAGAGGUAAGAACUGCAACCCCCCCUCCUGCCAAUUGUCUACCUACUUCCAUAUUGUCCUUCACAAAAGGUCUGUGUCAUGACAAAAAGUCUGCGCUUGUGUGAGUUAUUGUUUCUUGCAUUACUUACACAGACCCUAAGCUAAGAAAAUAUUCUCCUUAUAUGCUAUGGCCCACAUUCACACUCUAAACAAUCAUAGCUUGCUGAAUGGGGAACAGAAAAAUGUGUAUGUGAACAUCAGUCACUUACUCUUAUGCUAUGUCCAUUGCAUGAGUGUUGCUGGACAAUAUUGCCUCCAUUUCAGCUCAAAGCUCAGGAUAGCUACUGUAAAUUGAUGGCAGCUUCACAGUUGGGCCACAAGUAUGUUUUAGGUUUUUUUUGUUUUUUUUAUCCAAGUGAAUGCAAUACGCUUCCGUAGAAAAAAAAAUUAGUCCGAAAAACAGAAAAAAAUAGUCAGAAAAACAAAGCCCUCAAAAAAAUUACUCAGAAAAACAGGAUUUUUUGUUUUGUUUUUUUAAUCCAAGUGAAUGCAAAUUAUUCAGAACUAAAAGGCACACAUGAUUGAGGUGACGUCGUGGACUUCCUCCAUGCUUCAAUCUUUCCGCUUUUCUUUUCCAUAGUUGGAUGACACUAUUAUUGUUAUCUUCCAUCUCCCAUCCUGUUAGGACCUGUUCAGUUGGCCCCUUCAGUUUUCCAUGUAGCUUUCGAGCAAAGAGGGGGAGAAAAAUAUACUUCACGUGCCAUGUUUUGGCUCAUCUGAGUUCAUACAACGGAUCACAGCGAAAUCUGUGCGCACACUGCCCCCUGCUGCUCAUUUUCAACUACUGCAAUUCCUUGUGUCCACUUAUCAAAGUACUGUAAUAAAGUCCUCGUGACUACACGUCCCCGUGCCCAUAGAAGCUAGAAAAUCUCACUCGUGCACGUGUAACACACCAAUUUAAAGUCUACCAACGCACACAAACUACACUCACGGGACCCUUUAUUUGGUACACCAAGCUGUAUUUCAGGAGCAUCUAACAUAACAUAAAUCUAAAAUUAAUUAAAAAAAGAAAAAAUAUAAAAAAUUAUAAUAUAUUCAAUAUAAAGAAUAUCGCAUUUUAAUAUAUAUUUGCCUUCUUUGUCUUCUUCGUUUGAUACAGCACAUCAUAACACAGUGUUGAACAUGUUGGAAACGUGGUAGGACUAAAUGGAACAGUCCUUAUAUGGUUCAGGUCGUACCUGGAGGAAAAGAGUUGUUUCGUACCCAUCAAAAGUGUUCAAUCUCGUUGAAUAGCAACGACAUAUGGGGUCCCUCAAGGGUCAGUUCUUUGAUCCCUUUUGUUCAGCCUGUAUAUACAACCCUUGGGUCAAAUUCUUCACAACUUUAAUCUUGACCUUUAUGGGUAUGCAGAUGACUCACAGUUAUAUCUAGCAGUGUCUCCAGAUGACUACAGUUCAAUUGAGGUGGAUUAACCGGAUUAACCGAGGUCGUUGUCUUUGGCGGGGAAGAAAAGAGGAUUGGUGGAGUCACUCUCUUUAAAAACCACAGACCAAGUCUGAAAACUUGUGUGCUGAUAGCUUCCGAUGUGACUUUCAUCAGUCAUAACAAAUCAAUCACCAAAAUAGCUUUCUACCAGAUGAAGAACAUAUCCAGGGUGAGGGGUCUCAUGUUCCAACCAGGAGAAGCUAAUGCAUGCUUUCAUCUCCAGUAGACUUGACUGUUGUAAUGGUCUUCUGACUGGGCAGCUCAUUGAGAAUGCUGCAGCUCUGGUACACAUAUACCUAUAUAUGUAAAAUAAAUCAAUUCUAUAGUAAAUGACAACAUUUGCAAUUUAGAAAUAAUAAUAAUGCUUCCUAAUUGUAGUCUACUUGUGUAUUGAUAUUGAAAUCUGUUAUUUUCCACAUUUGUUUGGUAUUAUAAUUUUUAUAAUGAUUCUUAUUAUAAUCAGUCGUGUAUUUGGGUGAUGCGCUGAAGAACAGCUGUUUGGGGGGGGGGUCUCUGUUACGCAAUCGCUAGCUCCAGGAGCGCGCAUGCGCAGUAGCAGCCUCGUCACCAGCACCAUCAGAAGCAGCAGCAGCAUCAGGACCACCGAGCUCCCCCCACCCCCAAUGAUGCCGCAUGUAAACACGGCGCUCGUUCUGCUGUCUUCCCGGACCCUCGACCACCACUUGCUCGCGAAGGUCUGACGUCACAGCCGCGCUCGAUCUCUUCUGUCUCUCGGUUGCGCCGAGAGACAGAACCGAGCUUUGGACUCCCGGUGACAUUGUGAUGGUCACACCGCUAGCGACGAAAGGCUGCCCUGAGUUGAGACCCCCCCACCCCGCCUCCCCCCAGAACGAGGUCCUCACUAGGGGGGGCGGAUAUGCACAUCAGUGUUUGGCCCUGCUCGCUCUCCGUCGUUAUGGCAGCACUGUACCAGGGCACGGACGCCGCCUCACCGGAUAAAUUCCUCGCCCUGAAAGACGUCAGGGAGGUGAAGGAGGAGACCACGCUGGACGAAAAACUCUUCCUGCUGGCCUGCGAGAAAGGUGACUACUACAUGGUGAAGAAGCUGCUGGAGGAGAACCGGCAGGGCGAGAUCAACGUCAACAGCGUGGACGUGCUGGGCCGCGACGCCAUCACCAUCGCUAUCGAGAAUGAAAACCUCGACAUCCUGCAGCUUCUCCUCGAGCAUGGCUGCCAGGCUACCGACGCGCUGCUGGUGGCUAUAGACUCGGAAGUGGUGGGAGCUGUGGACAUUCUCCUCAACCACAGACCCAGACGCGCAUCCAAGCCCUCAAUCGCUAAACUGAUGCAGCGGAUCCAGAACCCAGAGUAUUCCACCACCAUGGACGUGGCUCCCGUCAUCCUGGCGGCACACAGGAACAACUACGAGAUCCUGACCAUGCUGCUGAAGCAGGACAUCUCGCUGCCGCGGCCGCACGCCGUCGGCUGCGAGUGUACGCUCUGCAACGCCAAGAACAAGAAGGACAGUUUGAGGCACUCCAGGUUCCGCCUGGACAUCUACCGCUGCCUGGCCAGCCCUUCGCUCAUUAUGCUGACCGAGGAAGACCCCAUCCUCAGGGCCUUUGAGUUGAGCACAGAUCUCAAGGAGCUCAGCCUGGUGGAGGUCGAGUUCAGGAACGACUACGAGGAGCUGGCCAAGCAGUGCAAGAUGUUUGCAAAGGACCUGCUGGCUCAAGCUCGCAACUCCAGAGAGCUGGAGGUCAUCCUCAACCACACGUCCAACGAGGAUCCCGUGGACAAGCGGGGGCUCCUGGAGGAGCGCAUGAACCUUAGCCGCCUCAAACUGGCCAUCAAGUACAACCAGAAAGAGUUCGUGUCUCAGUCCAACUGUCAGCAGUUCCUCAACACGGUCUGGUUCGGCGAGACGGCCAGCUAUCGGCGCAAGCACACCUGCCUGAAGAUCGCCACGGUGCUGAGCGUGGCCAUGCUGUGGCCGCUGCUGUCCGUGUGCUACCUGCUGGUGCCGCGCUCCCGUGUGGGCCAGAUCAUCCACACGCCCUUCGUCAAGUUCAUCAUCCACAGCGCCUCCUACUUCACCUUCCUUCUGCUGCUCAACCUCUACUCGCUGGUCUAUAACGAAGGCAAGAAGAACACCAUGGGCCCCGCGUUGGAGAUGAUAGACUACCUGCUCAUUCUCUGGAUCAUCGGAAUGGUGUGGUCAGAUGUGAAGCGUCUGUGGUACGAGGGGCUGGAAGACUUCCUGGAUGAGUCGAGGAACCAGCUGAGCUUUGUGAUGAAUUCCCUUUACUUGGCUACCUUCGCCCUCAAGAUUGUCGCUAACAGCAAGUUCAAGAAUGUCGAGGACACUGAGAGGAAGAACUGGGACGCCUUCCAUCCCAUCCUGGUGGCUGAGGGACUGUUCGCCUUCGCCAACGUCCUCAGCUAUCUGCGCCUCUUCUUCAUGUACACCACUAGCUCCAUCCUGGGGCCUCUGCAGAUCUCCAUGGGUCAGAUGCUGCAGGAGUUCGGCAAGUUUUUGGGCCUCUUCCUGCUUGUCUUGUUCUCCUUCACCAUUGGACUCACCCAACUCUACGGCAAGGACCAGAAAGACCCGGAGAAGAGUCCGCCCAACGAUUGCCAGGGCAUUUUCUGUCAGCAGCAGAGCAACGAUGCAUUUCACACGUUUAUGGGCACCUGCUACGCCCUCUUCUGGUACAUCUUCUCGCUGGCUCAUGUGGCACUCUUUGUCACCCGCAUCAGCUACACCGAAGAACUGCGCUCCUUUGUGGGCGCCCUGAUUAUAGGCACUUACAACAUUGUGGUGGUCAUUGUGCUGACCAAGCUGCUGGUGGCCAUGCUCCAUAAAAGCUUCAGACAAAUUGCUAAUCACGAGGACAAGGAGUGGAAGUUUGCCCGGGCUAAACUGUGGCUGAGCUACUUCGACGACAAGUGUACGAUGCCACCCCCGUUCAACAUCCUGCCCUCGCCCAAAACAGUCUGCUACCUGCUCACCAGCAUGAGCAAGUGGGUCUGCUCGCACACCUCCAAGGGGCGAGUCAAGAGACAGAACAGCCUCAAGGAGUGGAAGAACCUGAAGCAAAAGCGCGAUGAGAACUACCAGAAGAUCAUGUGCUGCCUGGUGCACCGCUACCUGACGUCCACGCGGCAGAAGAUGCAGAGCACGGACCAGGCCACCGUGGAGAACCUGAACGACCUGCGCCAGGACCUGUCCAAGUUCCGCAACGAGAUGCGGGACCUGUUGGGUUUCCGUACCUCCAAAUACGCCAUGUUCUACCCCAGGAGCUAGAAGCCUUUACCUUUCCUCUUUACCUUUUCCAUCUUCUGCUACUCAUUUAUUCUAUGAGAGGAAAACACAAACUGACUGGAACCAUAUCCAUGUAGUCUCACGUUUUUGUAAAGACAGAAAGCCAUUGUUUUGGACAGAAAUAUGAAUACAUAUUUAUGCAAGCAUUUCAA